GGAACUGGACUAUUGGAAGCCAAACGCGUGCACGAGCCGGCCGCGCGAUAAGUCAUCUCCCUCGUCAAAUAAUUCCACGUCGGUUGCGCAAUCCUCCUGCGUCCAAACUGCCUGCCUGUGUUCCUUCGGCGUCGACCUCGGAGUCUCAACUUCACAAUAAAACGGCAAACAAAUGCUACCCAUUCUCAGGCUUCUCCCAACAAGUCGCUGCAGUCCUGUCUCUCAAGAGCUUCCAGAGUCAGAGCAUAUUCCCUCAGAGAACCCAUUCCCAUAGUCUAACUCAGCUAGCCUAGCAUGACAAAACCACUGCACGGCCUGAUACCUGACCAGACAAUAGAACAUAUCGAUAGCUUCACCCUAGAGUCAGGGACAGUCCUCGAGAAUGUCCCCGUGGCUUUCAAGACGUGGGGGACGCUGAACGAGGACGGGUCGAAUGUUAUGGUUAUUUGUCACGCCCUGUCUGGGUCUGCUGACGUUGAGGACUGGUGGGGACCACUGCUCGGUCCGGGACGAGCAUUCGACCCCGACGUCUUCUUCAUAUUCUGCGGCAACGUCCUUGGUUCGCCCUACGGAACCGCAUCCCCACUGACUACAGACCCAAAAACCGGCAAGCCAUACGGCCCAACAUUCCCAAUCACAAGCGUGCGAGAUGACGUCCGGCUGCAUAACGAGAUCCUGACACGGCUCGGUGUCAAGGUCAUCCAGGCGGUGAUUGGCGGGUCUAUGGGCGGGAUGCAGGUGCUGGAGUGGUCGUUUUUUGGGAGUGACUAUGUGAAGAGUAUCGUGCCGCUUGCGACGUCGGGAAGGCAUUCCGCUUGGUGCAUCGCUUGGGGUGAAUCGCAGCGGCAGACGAUUUAUAGCGAUCCCAACUAUGGCAAUGGAUACUACUCAGCCGACAGCGCUCCAACAAACGGCCUGGCAGCCGCCCGCAUGCAAGCCCUCCUCACCUACCGCUCCCGCAACUCCUUCGAAUCCCGCUUCGGCCGCAAAGUCAUGCCAGGCGCCAACCCAUCCUCCUCCCCACAACCCGCCCCAACAGCAACAGCCUACCACAACGAAGGCAACAAAUCCAACCCACACUCCCCUAACGGGAAGAAAUCGUCCUCGGCAGAAGCCAUCGCAUCGGAUACGACCGAAACCGAACGCACAAGCGACACGACGUCCCCACCUAAAGUCUUCUCCGCACAAAGCUACCUCCGCUACCAGGGCGAUAAGUUCAUCAAACGGUUCGACGCGAACUGUUAUAUCUCCAUCACGAGGAAGAUGGACACGCAUGAUGUGUCCAGAGGCCGUGGGGAGUAUUUUGAUGUGUUGGCGAGGGUUGAGCAGCCUACGUUGGUCAUAGGAAUUGAAACCGACGGCCUCUUCACCAUCGGCGAACAACGCGAGCUCGCCGAAUCCAUUCCGAACGCCACGCUGGCCGUCAUCGCCUCGCCGGAGGGACACGAUGGCUUUCUUUUGGAAUUCGAACAGAUUAAUCGGCUGAUAUCCGAUUUCAUUAGGGUGAAUGUCGCGCAUCUGUUCGAGGGUGCUGGGGAGGGGAAGGUGAAGGUCGGUGGUAAGGACGCGUUUGUGGCGGCUAAGCCGAGUGUGUUUGGGGAGGCGGAGGACGCUCUUUUAUGGUAGCCUCUUUUGGGGAGGUGGGGACGGGUAGACUAGGUAGAGGGGACUCUGUGAUGCGGAACCACAGGAUCACUAUCACUUUUUUCCCCAUGGCUCUCAUGUACAGUAUGUGGGAAACGGUGUACGGACUUCCAUUCAAUACCAGCGAGAGGUGCAUCAUCUCUGUUCGCUU